GAAAGGUUCGGCUUGUGCAUGGCCUAUGGAGACAAGCAGCCUGGCAUCCUGAACAAGGGGUGAUGCUCAAAUUCCUUUCAAACGACUUCGACCAACCUAGAUGGAAAACGGCCGCCUUGAAGAAUGCUUUUGCACUGCUUGGCAAAAGAAGAUUUGAGAUGGCUGCAGCAUUCUUUCUUCUUGGAGGAAGCUUGAAAGAUGCGGUAAACGUUUGCCUCAAGCAAAUCAACGACAUUCAACUGGCCAUUGCCUUAGUCCGGGUGGUGGAAGGAGAUCAAAGUCCAAUGUUGUUGGAACUGCUCAACACUUCAGUCAUCCCUAUGUCCUUCAAAGAAGCAAACCGAUGGCUGGCUAGCUGGGCCUUCUGGAAGAUAAAUAGGAGAGACUUGAGUGUCCGAAUCCUAAUAGAAUUUGCCUCUAUGCUAGUAGCAGAAGGGUUCAACGUCAGCGAAGUCGGAGAAUCCAACUACGAUGAUCCAAGCCUUGCUCUUCUAUAUUCUCGUUUGAAAACGAUGACUUUGCAAACGAUCAAAGGCUCUAGUAUGAUACCUGGACAACAAGAGUUCGAUUUUGUCCUACAAAUUUCCAGGGCUGCCACCCACUUGCUCUUGAUCUUGUCACUUCCUGGUCAUUCGACCCCCCCGAAAUUCCCAGAGAAGGGAUAUUUAAACUCACUACCACGUCGAAUCCAAGGUCCACCUCUCCUCAUCCCCCAUCCCCCCGUCUCCUUCGCUCAAAAUCCCGUCGCCGUUCGGUUAUUGACAUCGACCUUAACAUCGAUACUGAGGAGAGAGUUGCCCCCUGUUUCACCUGUUAUAGAUCAGAAUGCGGCUCGUGGAAGAACAGGAUUUGGUAGUCUCAUGCAGACUGCAAAGCGGGAUGUCCAAGUUAUCGUCCUAGGCACUGGCCUCACUGAGUGCAUCCUGUCAGGUCUUUUGUCCGUCGAUGGCAAGAAGGUUCUUCAUAUGGAUCGUAAUGACUAUUAUGGAGGCGAUAGCGCGUCCCUCAACUUGACUCAGCUGUAUCGUAAAUAUAGGCCUUCACAAUCCCCUCCUACUGAGCUCGGACGGGACAGAGACUAUGCUAUCGACCUGAUUCCCAAGUUCAUUAUGGGAUCCGGAGAAUUGACGAAGAUUCUUGUUCAUACUGAUGUAACACGUUAUCUGGAGUUCAAGCAGAUCGCAGGUUCUUUCGUCUACAGAGAUGGCAGGAUCUCCAAAGUCCCUAGUACGGAAAUGGAAGCUGUCAAGUCGCCACUCAUGGGACUUUUUGAGAAGAGAAGGGCCAAGCAGUUCUUCGAGUUCCUCCAGAGCUGGAAGGAUGAAGACCCAGCCACUCAUCAAGGUCUCAAUCUCGAUACAGAUACAAUGCAAGCCGUCUAUAGUUACUUCAAAUUGGAACCCGGUACUCAAGAUUUCAUCGGCCAUGCUAUGGCCUUGUAUCUGGAUGACGAUUAUAAGACCAAACCAGCACGCCCAACCUACGAAAGAAUCGUCCUCUAUACUUCUUCCAUGGCAAGAUGGGGCAAAUCGCCUUACCUGUAUCCUCUCUAUGGUCUAGGAGAGUUGCCACAGGCGUUCGCCCGACUUUCGGCAAUCUAUGGAGGAACAUAUAUGCUCGACAAGAAAGUUGACGAGAUUGUACUCGAUAGUCAUGGAAAAUUUGCUGGAGUUAGGUCUGGUAAUGAAACUGUAAAAGCAAAACAGGUGAUUGGCGAUCCUUCAUACUUUGGAGCGAGUGCCUCAGGUGUCACCUCUGGAAAAGUACGCGUUGUAGAGGAACACAAGGUCAUUCGAGCCAUCUGCGUCCUGAAGCACCCCAUUCCUGGUACAGACGACAGUGAUUCGGCGCAAAUAAUCAUCCCACAGAACCAGGUGGGCAGGAGGAAUGAUAUCUACAUCGCCAUGGUCUCUUCUACGCACAACGUCUGUGCGGAGAAUGUUUAUAUUGCAAUCGUCAGCACAAUUAUAGAAACCGACAGGCCAGAAAUGGAAAUCGCCCCGGGUCUUCAACUUCUUGGCCAAAUCUAUGAUAAGUAA